CCUGAAAACGGAAGUAAACAUUAGUGCAUGAUACAAUAUAUUGAUUACUUCCCUUUAUAAAAAGACGCCAUUUGCAAGGAAUCAAGAUAUUUUUCACGUAAUUUGCGUUUAAAACAUUGAAAGACUUGGAAUGGGUGAAGCUAGGCAGAGAGAAAAUGACCAACCACCUUUGAAGUCUAAAAAAUCUGUUCAUUAUUCCUUUUUGCGAUUUUUGAACAAAACAAACAGAAAUGUUGAUGUAGUGUGGGUUAACUAUGAAGGAGCUCGUGUGAAGUAUAAAACACUGACUCCAGAACAGUUCCUUGAUAUCAACACAUUUGCUGGCCACCCAUGGAUCUUCUUUGACUCGUUGACUGGGGAUAAGAUGGUUGUACAAUUGAAAGAGAUUUUUGAGCCAGUUGCAUGGAAUUCUGACGGAAAUGAUUGGCCACCUCAGAGAAAAGUUGUUAAUAUAACAAUUCCUGUGUACAGUCUUCAAGAGUGUUGCUUGAUGAAGCUGCGUGGCAUUGUACCCAAGGAUCGUAUAAAUGAACUAGAAAUCACAGAUGUGCUCAAAGAGGACCUCCAUAAAAUCAUGCUCCGUGGAGGUUCUGACGUGAUUUACCAGGGCGCUUCAUCAUCAUCAUCCGUGACGUGACAGAUCAUGAUAAAGGAAUAGUGAUUUACAUUGUCGUUGUUCACUGCCAGACUAUGGGCUGUACCAGGGUUUAAAACAGCAAAAGCCAAAGUCCCCACUUUGUUGGUGGAUUGGUGGAUAGCGGGUGCAUUUGAAAAAUUUGCAUGAUUUUAAUAUGUUAGCAGUUUGUUACUGGUAGUUGUAUUAAUAUUUAUUUCAAAUUCUUGCAAACAAAAGUAGUCAAAUACUUGCAUUAUACCAAGAUCUCAAAUGACUGUGCAAUAUUUAGUAUUACUUUUGGAAGAACAAACAGAGCUGUGUAAUUUUUUUUGUUGAAUAGAUUUUUCUAAAGUUGAUUAACAUAAUAAAACAUACAGAAAUAUGGUGACAUAAUAUAGGAAUAAGUUUAAAAAUAAAGGUGAAGGUUAUAAGAUUUAGCAAUUUUGGCAUACUGAAGGCACAUUUUGCCUCAUUAAAAAAAAUAAAAUUACAUCCUUUAGAAAGGGAAAUCUUAAGUUUUAUGAUGUUUAAAUAAUGGUUUUAUGUAUGUUUGAUAACCUGAAGAAAAUAGCA